AUGGAUUUGACUCAAUUACGAAACGCUUAUGAGUCGGCUCAUACAGUCGAAGACAUACUUUUUCUCAUCUUUAAAAGUCCAUUUACACUACAAGAGAUUAAAAAGGACUUAACUCCUUUAUUAAAAAGUAAAAUGUGUCAAUUUUCUGGGAUGACUCCAGACAGACAAAUUGUCUAUCGUUGCUUAACAUGUGCGAAGUCACAAGUAAGUUGUGUUUGUUCGAAGUGUUUCCAAGAGAGUAAUCAUGUUGGUCACAACUACUUUUCUUUUGUUACUAAUGACAGGUUUACAUGUGACUGUGGCAAUGAAUUCUUUUGGGACAAGAGCGGGUUUUGUAAAGAACACACGGGAGAAUACAUUACGAAUCCAGAGACUUUAAUACCAGAGAAGUAUCGCCAGUGUUUAAUCCUCCUUCCUGACUUAUUUCAAUGUUGUCUUCACUUCAUUCAAUACGACCCAAGUUGCACUUUUGUCAAUUUGGUUUUUACAUGUCUCAGACAACUCUCAGACGUCCCACUUCUCUUUUUAAUAUUCUCACGAAUGCUUCAGGCGCAAUCAGAGAUGGGAGAGGAGUCACUUUUAUGUACCGUUUAUCAAAGGAAGUCGAUCACUUUAUUUGAGCAUUAUGCAGAGUAUUGUUAUCUCUAUGAAGAAAUUACAGAGUCAGUCCUUCCAUUCUUAGCUGAUUUGUUCAGAGAUGAAAGACUCAUCAAAUUCGACUUAUCUUCACUGUUUGAUUUGGCUUUCUAUUCUAUUAAUAUUAAUCACUCAAACGCUACAGCAUUGGAUGGACUUUUUCUUGGUAUUGUUUAUAGUAAAGAUCUAAUAGAAAAGUACUUUUUAGAAAGUAAGAAGUUUGACACUUUAAUAUCAAAUUACAUUGAUUGGAUUCCUCAAUUUAUGAACCACAUUCUGAACGACCAGGAAGAAGUGAACCUUCUCAAACUCACCGAGAAAUUGUUCUCCCCUUUUUGCUACUCGGACAGCUUUGAAACAAACGAAUUUAACACUGAAAAUGUUGUUAAACUAAUUUCGUUGUGUUCGAACACAACACCGUUUUAUAUUGAUAAGAACAAAUCACCACAAUUUGACGACCAAAACACAUUCUUCUUCUUCUACUUAUUGUUAAUCAUAAGCGAGUUCUCACGACUUGUGAUCAAAAAUAAGAAAUUCAGAAGUCAAUUUCAAAUGGUCACAACACGAGUGUUACACCAUGUGACGAACUUUUUAGAAGACGUUCCUGUUAUUGAAGUGAAUGGUGUCUCUGUCCCUAGAAGAGAGGUUGGAGUCAAUCAACGAGUCUCUCCCAUCUCUGGGAUUCUUUCAUUUUACAAUUACAUUUUGUUUGAAGAGAAAGAGUGUGGCGAUCUGAACACAAUAGGACUCUGUCAAAAAGACGCAGAAGACUUGUUACAAUUUGCAUUAACAUCCCUCAAAUUUGGACAACAAUUUCAAAACGAUGAGUAUGGGAAAAGUAGAGAUAACGUCAUUUUAGUGUCGUUUUACUAUAAUGGACUCACAUUCACAUUUGCUAAGAACGCGGACUUAAAUACUGCAAAAUUGAUGUUAGAGUUCAUCCCACUCAAAAAGUACUUUGCUCUACUGUUGGUGAUGUUUGGAGUGGAGACUGCUAAUUCUCAACACCAACGACAAGAAGCUUUUGUCAACUUUUUGACGAUUAUCAUUCAAAUGAAUCGAACUAAUGAACAGCGACUUAAUUUUAAUAACAGAGAGUUGGUAAUGAAAGUACUAGCUCAUAUAGUGGCAGCUGGUGUGGAACGUCCAAUGGAAGCGUGUGAAUACAUAUCAUUGAGUGAGUUAGAUCUCGUCAAAUUAUUCGAAGAAGUUGUGGCGAAUAAGAAGAAGUACUUUAAAAAAGUCGACCCACUCUGUCCCUUUGUCCCUUUUAAAAUAGUGGAACCACUUUUGACCAACACCUUAUUCAAAAACACGUCAUUAAAAGAAAAUAGAUUCUAUGUGGAACAGACAGAGUGGAAUAUUAAAUUACUCGCUGGGAUAUGCAGUGAAGAGUUCUGGAGUAUUAUUUACAAAGAAAUGAACACUCUUGCACUGCCUUAUAUUCUAAUUAUACUUACUGAUAUCAACACGGCAUUACAAGACCUUAGUCAUCAAGAUGAAAUCAUUCACUUAUUAAAAAACUGUGCUUCCAUGAAAGAAGUUUAUUCCUAUGUUAACACUAAUAAAGAGAGUGUCUUUGGAUUUAAAGAAUUUGUGACUGGGGUGACUAACAAGGCGUUGAGAGACAUUCUUGGGAUAGUCACUGAAGCUCCAAAGAAAGUCGGUAAUGCGCAGUCGAGUCUCCGGCAGAAGAUGUUACAACGGAUGAAGUCAAAGCAAAUAGACAAGAUCAAACAAGAUGCUGAGAGUAACAAAGAGAGUGUAUUUAUUCAUAAUAGUGGUGAUGUCCCUGAAGACAUGAAUAUAACUGAAACUGAUGAUUCAUGUGUUGUGUGUCAGUCCACACAAGAGAGUGACAUAGGUCGACUUAUUAACUUUGCCGAAGGUAUUCCUUAUGAAAUAAAACACUCUAAAAAGGGGAGUUAUACAUUAAGUUGUUAUGUGUUAUCUACUUGUGUCCAUCACGUCCACGAGUCUUGUUUCAAACGCGUUCAAGAUCGUCUCCAAUGUCCGAUCUGUAAAUUUCAGACAUCUUCAUUCAUCCCAUUGUCUUCACAAAUCGAUCCCCUCCCACCACAACAAGUCACUGCACACUUCUCUCUACUGGAACAAUAUGCUACACAACACAAUCACCUCUUCUCAGACUUUUUAAUGAUGACACUCUCUUCGACGUUGAAGAUGAUUGUUACAAUGGUCAAUGAAGAUGAAAACACGAAUGACGAGUUGAUAGAUGCAGUGCAAUCACUCAUUCUAGCUACACAGAGUGUCUUCACAGUCGCCGACAUCAAAAGGUAUUUAGACCACUCUGUGACAUUAGAUCCAUUUGUUUUAUACGUCGUUGAGAGGCUCAAUGGGAUGAAUGGGCGGUGUGCCUUCCAAUUAGAAGUCGACAACAUUCUGAGUACUAUUGCUCAAUAUAAAAAGCAGUUAUUACCACCGGAUCUCAUUGAUGUCAUCCUCCCAUUGGACCGUGCAGAGAAGAUCGAAUGUCUCAAUGAGUGCAAAAAUUUUGAAGAUGCCGUGUUACAGAUGUCCAUUGAAUUUGUGAAUACUGUUCAACUCUAUGAAGAAUUUGGGAGUGCUUUGACCAGUUUUAAAAGAAAUGAAAAAUACGACGUGAAGGAAUUUAUUAAGACUAGUGUCGGGAAUAGUAAGUGCAGUAGUAUUCCAACCAUUCAGACUAAAUUGAACUUCAUCGAGUUACCUACAAAGCUCUGUGAUUUGUUUGGGAAGUACAGUCUCUCUAAGUGUUGUCAGUGCAAUUGUUUAAUCACAAAUCAGACGUCUUGUCGUAUUUGUAUGUUAUGUGGAGCACCACUGUGUUCUGAAAAUUACUGUUUGAUUCAACACGGGAAGACUUGUUCUAAUGGAAACGUCGUCUUCUUCGACUUCUUUUAUUCUGCUGUGUGUAUUAUGACGGAAAAGGGAAGAAGGGGCAUGUCGGUAUAUUAUGACGGGUACGGUGAAUGCUAUUCGGUUCAAAAUAUGAUGUUGGAUUUGUUUCGGUUCGAACCACAAAAAUGGAAUCAAUUUAAACGUUCGUUCUUGAAGUGUUCCAUUUUAUAUGAUUCAAUCAUGAAAGACUUUGACGUGAUCGUCCCAGAUUCUGAAGAAGAAAGUGAAUCAGAACAAGACAACGGAUUGAACUAA